UUUUAUGAGAUUGACAGAUGGUACAAGGGCCGAAUUGACAAACCAGAACAAUAUCCGAAAUUGCAUCUUAUUGAUCCCACUAAUCAUUUACAUUCACUACAUGAGCUACUAGAGAGACAAAAACCAAAGCAUACUCCAAUAGACAUCGGCUUUGCACCGCGACCAAAACGGAUCUCAGUUGUGAAAACCGAUGAAGAACGUGCAAUCCCGAAACGACUGAAUUUUCAAGUUUUACUGUCUUACAACAUUAUGGUGUUUUUGAACACCUCUUUGGAGCAGGGAACAUUCUUUCACAAUGUGCAGAAUCUUGAAGUUUCCUACGGUGACAAUGCUGUAUAUUUUGGAAAUACUAUAUCGGUGGAUCUUUUGUCAUCGAUGCCUGAGGUUAAAAUUGAAUCCGUCAAGUCUGGGGAGUACAAUUCCUUAUUCAUGGUGAACCUUGAUGGAAAUCCUUAUGAGAAAGAGGGAGAAGUUGCUCACUGGAUUGUGACUAAUAUUCCAGAUGCGGAAAAUGCUAUCAACAGAUAG